ACUCUCGAAGCAGCAACUUACACGUCAGACCGAGGUGGGAAACAUGCCCGAGGCCAUCAGAACGAGACUCUGCCCGACUUGGCCCAUAUUGUCUACCCUCCGACCACAAACUUCCGACGUAAAUCAUUCAAAUUCGAGUUCCCUACUUCCCAAAAGAAGACCACGAGUGAUAUCCUUUCACAGAUUCGAUCUAUAAUAUGCCCGGUUGAGAAGACAACACCUUCUAGCCUACCCAGCUCUCCGGCCGGUGAAUUCAUGCAACUGGUUCACCUACUUUUGCAGACAGACGAAGGCAUGCAGACACAGCUGGCCGACCCUGAUUUUUUGAAGGAUGGCUGUGACAAAAAGAAGUAA